AUGGCUGGCGACUUUUUCACUAUGUUGAUGGCUCUAUUACUCCUCCCUCACGUUUUCUUCCCAAUUCUACCACACCCAACCCCGAAUAUAUCACUUGGAAAAACUACUGCUCGAGAGGUCUGGACCGCUGUUGAAAACUUGUUCAACUCUCAAUCUCAUGCUCGUGUUAUUCAACUUCGCUACCAACUAGCCACCAUCUCAAAAGGAUCCAGCUCCAUUUCUGAUUACUAUCGCAAGCUCAAGCAUCUAUCUGACAUAAUGAGUGCUGCUGGCACUCCUCUAACCUCUAAAGAAUUUAUUUCCUAUUUGCUUGCAGGUCUCAGCAAUAAUUAUGAUGCUCUCGUCACGUCUAUCACCACUCGUCUAGAACCGUUGUCUCCUGAAACCCUCUACAACCUUCUGCUCACCCAUGAAUGUCGGCUUGUCCACUCCCAUCAUCUUCCUGCCACAACAAAUCUUUCUGCAAACCUCACCACUACCGCUCCCUCUCGUGGUCGCGGUGGUUAUCACAGUCACAACCAUGGUUCUCAUCAUGGUCAUGGUUUUGGAUGCACUCAAUCCUUCAAUCCUCCCCUUCUACCUAACACAUCAACCACACCUUCCUACUCCCCUCUCCCUCAUUCCUGA